AUGGCAACAACAAUACCGCUUGAUCUUUUAUAUGCAACAUCAUCAGAUGAGUUUUAUCCUCCAACAAAUGCCCUUGAUCCAGAUGAAACAACAUUCUGGACCACAACUGGCCUCUAUCCUCAAGAAUUGGUAGUAAAGUUCAAAAAUCCAGCACAAAUUGUCAGAGUUACAACAAUCACAGGAAAAGUUCGUUCUGUGACACUUUUUGCUGCAACAGAUGUCGAAUGCACCCAAUGGGUUGAAAUUGAUUCAUUUAAUCUUCCUGCCCAGCCAAUCAAGCAACAAGAAACACAUCAACUUAGUCUUAAAAACGCUACUUAUGGUGUAAAACUUGUAAUCAACCAAGGUUGGGGCCCCUUCACAGCACUUUACUUAUUAAAGAUCGAAGGAGUUACUGUUCAUGAAAAUGCAUAG